AAAUUCCUGCCUUUAUAUUAAAUUUAGAAUUGUUAGAUAUUCCUUCAAAUGAAAAAGUAAAAAAACCUCCAAAUGCGUUUAUACUAUUUCAAAAGGAUUACUGUGAUAUUGUUACUACUGAAUAUCCAAAUUUAAGUAAUUAUGAUAUUUCUAUUAUAAUUGGGAAGAUGUGGGUGAAAUCACCUAAUGAAGUUAGAGAAAAGUAUAAAAUACGAGCAGAUGAGAUUAAGGCAACCUAUAAACAGAAAAGUAAAAACUCAAAACAUAUAUACAAAACAAGAAAAAGGAAAUUUAAUACCGAAAUAGACUCGACCAAAAAUUCAGGUAUUAUAAAAUCGGAUUCAGAAGCAAAGAUUGAAAUUUCAGAUUCAAGUAAAGGAACUGCACCUUUGAAUAAAAAUAAAAGACUUAGUUUCCAUUUGAAAGAGAGCAAUGAAGAAUUAUCACCUUUUAAUGAAAAUAAAAUACUUAGUUUGAAAGUGAACAAUGAAGAAUUAUCACCUUUUAAUGAAAAUAAAAUAUCUAGUCUCCCUUUGAAAGAGAGCAAUGAAGAAUUAUUCUUGCCUCAUUUUAGUCAACUUUUCUUUCUACAAACAGAAUAUAAUAAUAUAUAUCAAACAGAUCCUUUUUUAUUAAGUAAUAAUUUUAGUGAGCAGUCAUUUAAAAUUGAGAAUUUUACACCACAAAGAGAAAAUAAUUAUUUUGACAAUGAGCAGAAUUAUUUUUUAUUAACAGAAGCGAACAGUAAUAAUUUUACCAAUAAGCAGCCAAUGGAGAAUAAUUUUUCAUCAACUCAAACAGAAAGUAAUGAUUUUAACAGUAAGCCAACAGGAGAAAAUUUUGAUUUUGAAAAAUUAAUGAAACUAAUACAGUAA